GGCCCAAAAUUUGGAUAUAAGAAACUGAGAACAAAACCCACUAUAUAACGCCACAACUAGCGAUUAGGGUUCUGGUCUGCGUUGUUGCUGCCUUUUGCCGCUCGAGCUAAAUCCAUAACCUCCGAGCUCUACACUCAAGAACGCAGCCAUGGGAAAGACAAGGGGAAUGGGAGCUGCCCGCAAGCUGAAGUCCCACCGCAGGAGGCAAAGGUGGGCUGACAAGUCAUACAAGAAGUCUCAUCUUGGUAAUGAAUGGAAGAAGCCUUUUGCUGGCUCAUCUCACGCAAAGGGAAUUGUCCUUGAAAAGAUUGGUAUUGAGGCUAAGCAGCCCAACUCUGCUAUUCGUAAGUGUGCCAGGGUUCAACUCAUCAAGAAUGGAAAGAAGAUUGCUGCAUUUGUUCCCAAUGAUGGUUGCUUAAACUACAUCGAAGAAAAUGAUGAAGUUUUGAUCGCUGGAUUCGGAAGAAAGGGUCAUGCUGUUGGUGAUAUUCCUGGAGUUAGAUUCAAGGUUGUCAAGGUCUCUGGUGUAUCUCUUCUUGCUCUCUUCAAGGAGAAGAAGGAGAAGCCUAGAUCUUAAAUUCUUCAAAUUUCUUUAAGUUUUAUAGUUUCCCAGUCAUGUUGAUUUUGGUUUCCUGUUGAAUGGGUUUUAUCGACAAUUUUGUAACUUCUCAUGUUAUUUUGUGGAACUUCAUUUUCCCUUUUUAGGAACA